ACUUCCGGUUAUAACUUCAAACCAAAAAAAAUCGCAAGAGAGGGUAGAACUUGUUAUUUGUACAUGAAAUGAUAAUAUUUGUACAAAUUAUAUGGGUUAUUGUUAAAGAUUUUGUCUCAAGUAUCUUUCACAAGAAAACUAACGUCAAAAGCGUUCAGUUUGACGCCAAAACUCAAGAGAAAUUUUGCCGUUUCUUGGAUUUAGAAAAAAUAGCUGAUGAUACAGAGAGCAAUAAGCUAACAAUUAUUACAACAAGACAGUCAUUGUCUGAAGCUACUAAAAUGUAUGAUGAAUCAAGUGAUGAAGAUGGAGGGUUUAUUUUAUCCUCACCUGCAGAUGUCCAGGUUAAUAAAGGAGCCUGUUCUUCAGAACCACAGCUUACUCUGUCAACUGUAGGUAAAACAUCAAGGGCAGAUAAAUCAGAAUUACAUGAUGAGAUACAACCACAUCCAUUUACUCAGAAGAAUUGUGAUAACACAGUGCCAUUUCAAAACCAAAUGCGUCCACAUCCCUUAGUACAGAGUUAUGGACUUCCAUCUUCUAAUUUGAGACAUGUGCAGCCUCAUUCCAGUCAAUUUAAAAGUUCAAGUGUUAGUGUAGAUAAUAAUUUACAGCACACUGUAGCAUCAAAUGCAAUGACUUAUACAUCUGCUAAAAGGACACCAGAAUCACCAGACAAUUAUAAACCAUCUAAAACUCAUACAGAAGAAUUUCCUGUUUUAUCUAGAGGAAAUGUAGGUAGCAAAAAUCCUAAGAAAAUGAAGCAAAGUAGUGUCAAAAAGGUUAUUGGAAGUAACACUGAAUUUGAUUUGAGUGAAGUUAAACAAAAUAAUCCGAAGGUUUCUGAAAAGUGGUUAAAAAAAACAUUUGAGAUGAAGUCUGUCUAUGAACCAUCUCGAUCAGAAAUGCAGAGAUUAUUGGAAUAUGUAGAGAAUAAAUGGUUUGAUCAAAAUCCAACAGACAAAUCCCAGGCUUCAACUUUAAUUAGAGAAUAUUAUUCAAGAUCAAGUCAUCCAUAUGCACUUGUUAUUUAUUUUAUAGAAAACUGUCGUGAGCAUAACUCAGGUAAAACAUCAUCACUGUGCUACUAUUUCAUGAAGGAGUUUUUAGCAUGGUUAAAAAAUACCCAUAUUGUAAAUCAGAAAGAAUUAUUAACAGAGGACAUCAAAUUGAGAGCAUUAGAUGCUUGUACACGAUAUAAUACAUCACUUUUUCCUAUGGCAGUCACAGCAUUUCAAUUGAAUCAGCAUGGAAAUGAAUACAUGUUGCCACAGAUAAAAGCUUUCUUGGAGAAAAAGAAAUAUAAUGAGGCUGCUGUUGUUGCUGGUAAAUUGAGACUUCAAGAUCAUUUUACUAUAGAUGAGAUAGCCUUACCAUUAGUUCUUCAGGACAAAGUAAAUGUUUUAGAACAAUAUGCAACUGGUAAUCUCAAACUACAACAAAUGGUUGUACAAAUGUUGGAUAGUCUGGUGGAUAGAGAUGUUGUUAUAGAUGAUGUAAUAAGUAAAAGUGGUGUAACCAAUCCUAAGAGGGAGAAGUUAAAUAAAAAGACACUGAGUAAACUUGCAGCAAGACUGAUGAAGUUGUAUGAUAUCCCACAAGAAUUAUGUCCAAACAUAAGUAAAGCCAGAGGAGUAGGAGCAAUUAGGUAUCUUUUGUACAGGAGAUAUAUAGAGGGGAAGAUGGGUACAGGAAGUUGGGAAGAACUAGUAGAGAAUGCAGUUAGUGAUAAUGACUAUUUGAAGGAACAGUUAGUAGAACAAUUAAUGUGUUAUAAUGAACUUACGGAAGCUGUUAAAUGGGCUAGAAAUUUCCAGUUGUCUGAUGAAUGUAUUCCAGAAGUGGUUGCUGUUAAAAGAAGGGAAAUGGAUGAAGGAGAAGAUAAACAAGAGCAAAAUGCAGAAGGAGAAAAUUGGGAUGAUGACUGUUAUUCUGAAACAGAAAUGUCUGCUCAUUAUUAUACUUUAAACCUAUCAGAUGAUCAUAUUACUGUUAUAGAUACCAAAGAAAAGUACCAGGCUUGUCUGUCUACUCUUACAAAGCCAGGAACUAUGAUUGGUAUUGAUGCAGAAUGGAAACCAAGUUUUGGUUCACAAGUACAAAAGGUAGCUUUGAUACAGUUAGCAACCUAUGACCAUGCAUACCUGAUUGAUGUCAAGACUUUAAUGAGAAUUCUGACAGAAGAUGAUUGGCAGCUAAUGGUGAUAUCUAUCUUCUGUAAUCAAGAUAUUGUCAAAUUAGGUUAUGGAUUAGAUUCAGAUUUUAAAAUGUUUACCAAGACAUUCCCAUUUAUGGAGAGAACCCUAGCUAAGAUGGAGAGAGUAGUUGAUUUAGAGAAACUGGCACAGAAGGUUUUAGAUAAAGUGGUAAACUUUAUGCCAGAUACAGAAGAUGCAUCAGACGAUGACAAAGAAGAUGAUAAUGACAGUGGUAUAAACUUCAAGUUCCAAAAAGUAGAAGAAAGAGGUCUAAGUGAACUUGUUCGUCAGUGUUUUGGUAAAGCCUUAAAUAAAUCUGAACAGAUGUCAGACUGGGAGAGAAGACCACUUAGACAACCUCAGAUCAUAUAUGCAGCAUUAGAUGCCUACAUUCUCCUAAAGGUCUACGACAAACUUGUGAAAAUAGCAAAAGAAGAACGUCUAAAGAUAGAUUUGGAACCACUGACUUCCAUGAGAUGGAUGAAAAUGAGUCGAGGAGAUAAGAAAAAGGCCAAGGCAAAGGGUCAGAAAAUAAAACCAAGGCUUCCUAAACAGUUGCCUCCAGGUCCAAACCACCAAUCACCACUCUAUGCAGACUCACCAAUCUCACCAGGAGACUUUACAGUAGUGGUGGAUUCCAUGUUACAAGGACUUGGGAAACAACUAAGAAGUUGUGGUGUGGAUGUACAUAUACUUGAUAAUACUGACAGUCAUGACAGGGCUAUAGAGAUCUGUCAAAAAGAGAAACGUGUAGUUCUCACUUCAGGACUGCCUUACAUGAGGGUACAAGGAAUAGUAGGAGAUAAGAUGUGUUAUAAUGUCCAGACAACCACAGCUAGAGAACAAGUGGUAGAGGUUUUACAGUAUUUUAAUGUCAAGGUUACAGAAAAAGACAUAUUUAGUAGAUGCAAGGUAUGCAAUGGAAAUGUCUAUCUUCAAGUACCAUGCAAUGUAUUUAAAGAAAAUUGGAUAAAGUUAAGGAAAGUCACUGACCAAGAUAAACCAAUCACACAGCCCAAUGUACAAUAUGGCAUUAAUUGGUCAACCAUGACUGUUGUAAAUAACAAUGUUCCGCUUCAGUUGGACUCUAUACCAGAGCCUAUGUUUGAUAAGGUUACUACGUUCUUUUGUUGUGGAACUUGUGGUAAAGUAUUCUGGGAAGGCUCACACUUUGCCAAAGUUUGUGAUCAGUUCUCACAUGUUUUAGAUAUGACUGAAACAGGAAAGAAUAUUUAUAACAGUUGAUAACAAAAAAUGAAUUAUAUGAAUAUUAAAACAGUUGAUUAGUUACAAAAAAUAUGAAUUGUAUGAGUUUAAGAUUAUUAUGCAGUUCUUCAACUGAAAAUGAACUAAAUUGUUAAAAGAUCAGAUUGUUACAUGUUUUUAACAAUAUGUGCCUAUGCACUUUAGGAGUACAAGUAAUCUACUGUAAAAUGAAUGCCUUUUUGAUGCAAUGUUUUUUUAGAAUGCCAUAUAGAUUGAUAGUUGUUUAAUCCUUCAUAAAUUAAUAAAUAUGCAAAAACAUGACAUGAGAACAUUAAAGUUUGUAAAUGCA